AUGUUUAAUGCAACAUUUUAACGAAGAGUUUAAUAUUAUAUUUCAGUUAAUGGAAAAAGCAUUUUCUUUUGCAAUGGUAUAUUAUAGUGUUCAGUAAUACCAAAUAUAAAUGAUAUAUUAUAGUGUUUAGUAACAGGAUAAAAAGCUAUAUACACUAAUACUUCCAUAUACAUGUGGAAGAUUUAAUACAUGUUAGAAAAAGUACAAUGUUUUCAUUUCAAUAAAUUAAUCAAAAGGCACAUUAUGUCCUAUCGCGUAUAAUUUCUUGACGCUAAAAGACUUUGUAUAUAAGUUUUUAUAAUCAUAUUAUUUUCCCAGAAUAAUUUUUAAAUAAUCACUUUUUUAUGUGUACGUGCACUAUAUAUUAUCACAAAACUUGCUUUCGCAAAUAUACAACAUUUGACAUAUUAUCGUAUUAUCGUAGUAUCGUAUUAUAUAUGAAAUUAAAUACUUUUUGUUAUAUCGAUUUAUAUGCUUAUUCUUAAGCAAAUGUUCUAGUCCGUGGUCGGAGAACGACUGACAAAGAUUGCGCUCAAUAGAUUCUUCUGCGCAUGUCCAUGAAAAUUAAUAAUAGAAAGUAUAUUUCCCCUCGUCUAAUCGUUAAGAAAAAGUACCUGUUUUUAUACAUGUAGGUAAUUUAGUCACAUUGAAAAGUGUUGAACAUUACGGAAGUAUAAAGGGGUGAAAUAUCUUUACGCUGCGUUUUAUCGAUUAUAUUAUUAUAAUCAUAUUUUCAUUUCACCUUUUUGCAUAACGCGAACUGGCAUAAUACGUACUGGCUAUACUUAAUAGAUAGCAAUUAGAAUUUUUAAUGAAUCAGUAGUGGGGAGUGUAUUAACUACUUCGCUAUAGCAAAUUUCAAUUAGUAUUGGGUUUACAUCGUAAUCAAAGUUCUAACAAUCAGCUUCUUCUACUUUCUACAAUAAUUGCUUACGUAUUACCAAUAAUUAUCUAUCAGGUAAAUAUAUCUUUCCUUAAUAUUUAGAUGAUUAUUAAUUGUAUUAUUAUUGCUAUAGUAUUCAAGUACAAUUAAAAAGCACUCUAAAUAUUAUAAUAUUAUUGCUAUACUAUAAUUAUAAUUACGUUAAUUAAUUUUUUAUGAAUUCAAGUAUGAAUAAAUAUUCAACAUACAACACAAUGAACAUCUGUUAUUUGUUUCUACAAAUUUUCAGUGCAAAAUUUUACAUUUGUUUUGUAAAAAUUUUAUAUUGCUGCAGUUAUAUCAACUUUUUACGAUGGAUUUCAAUCUGACAACGGCUGUCAUAGAACUGCGAAAGAUAAUAGCAGCUUUCAUUAUGCUUUCUGCUUACAGUAACGCUAAUUUUCAUUUUGUAACAGUUUGUAUCGGGUUUGUUGUAUUAUCUUUAUUUUAAUUAGUCGAAAACAUAUGUAUCCACAGAAAGAAAAUUUAUUAUUUCUAGAUGAAUUUACUUUUGAUUCGUUUUAAACAUGAUUGCGAGCAUUUGUCCGAUGAAAUGGAAUUGAACAUUAUGGAAAAAUAUACGAAGCAAACUAAGAUAUAUGCGUAUGCUAUCGUAGGUAAUAACGAAAAUAUUUACGAAAAACAACUUUAGAGAAGAUGUAUUAAUUAUUUACGUUCUCACAUUUUUACAGUAUUGUUUAGCUUCUAUGUUAUCUCCAUAACAUCUUCGUGUACUUUAAACGUUCUUUUAUACUUGUUUGGUACAUUGAAUGAUAAUCAAUUAACAUUACCCAUUCCCAUUAAUAAUCAUUUAAACUCUGGAGCGUUAUAUUAUUUUCUGUUUAUUUACCAAACUAUAGCAGUUUAUAUUCUGCUGAUAAUAGGUUGUGUGGUUUUCGUAUUAUAUUUGGUAAUAAUACAGCAUGCAUGUUGUCUAUUUAGUAUUAUAAUGUACGUACUUAGUUAAGAAAUGAUAUUUGUUUCUAUUGUAAGUAUUAUUAAAUAUUUAAACGUAAUUUUAUAUGUUAUUCAUUGCAGAUGGAAAAUACAGCAACAAUUUACAAAUGAUUCAAAAUAUAUGUACAGAACCUUGUGUAGUCAAAAAUCUCAGCAAGAAUUUCAUUGGAUAAUAGACGUUAUAAAGUGUUAUAGAAAUGUCACUGAGUAUGUGGAUUUGAUAAACUAUUUUUCCAAUGUAAUUUACUUAAUUGCUGUUUUCUUUUCUAUGAUUAUCGUUGUAAUCGAUUUACUUUAUAUAUUUCGAUUAUCUGUGAAAUUGCAGAAUACAAUCAAAAUAAUUGAGUUCAGCACUUACUUUUUUGGUUCUCUAUUUAUCAUAUAUAUUAAUUUUUAUAUUGGCCAAAAAAUAUUGAAUUACAGCAAUGAAGUUUUUAAAGAAUUAUGUCAAAUUCCAUUUUACUUGUUACCUACAAAAACUCAAAAGUUGUUAUUAUUUAUGAUAGCAAGAAGUAUGAAGCCGUGCAUGCUUUCGAUCGGUGGAUUAUUCGUUUCGUCGCAUGAAGUUUUUUCUCAGUUACUACAAAAAGCACUUUCUUUUGCUAUGGUGUAUUAUAAUGUUCAAUAACUUCAAGCUAAAUCAUUAUCAUAAUAUAGUUAUGUUAAUUCAUUUAAUAUCAGAUAAAAUCAAAUAUAUUUAAUUCUAUUGAACAAGGCUAUAUCUUUAGAAAAUUUAUAAUUUAUUUUAAGUUAUUAUGUAUUGAAAUAUAUGACUACAUUUGGUCUUGUUUAAACAUUUGUCAAAGAAUUUUUUAUUUUUAUAUGAAAUGAUUACCCCUGCAAAUUGUUUGGCGUUUGCUGAAAAGAAUUUAUGGACAAAAUGUGACUAAGAGUUUGUGACAAAUUGUUAUUAAUAUUUUAGAAACUUUCUAUGAAAGCGAAUUGUCCUAGGAUGGACAAUAAAAUCAAGAGAUGAACUUGUAGGCUGAACUAUUACUAACAUUUGUCUUAAAUUUGAUUUAGAAAUAUUUCUGAUCGUAAAUCUGUUGUUUGAUUCAAGAACUCAUAAGCGACAUAGUUUAAACAUGUUCGUUCCAAAAAAGCUACACAUACCACAUCCAGUCAAAGAUCGUUCUUUCCCCUCCCCUAUUCUUAUAACAAAAUCUCAAAUUUUUUUGACGUUCUUUUCUCUUUCUCUUCAUUUUUUAAAAUUAUCUUGUUUGAUAAUCAAUCGUUGCUGAAAUUUCUAUAUAAACAAACAUACACUGGUCAUUAUCGAGAAUCCGUCAUUUGUAUGACUAACUAAUUUCUACGAAAAUAGGAACCUUUAACGUGAAGCAUAUCCAUCCAAUCACGUGUUUAUUUUAAAUCAAAGAAAUAUAUCAUCAGUCUCAUAUUCAUGGGAUUCACAACCUCACACUUAAAAAGAACAUUUUAAUUUAUCGUAUAGCUCGAUUAUUUAUCUUUCACAUGAAUCAUUUUAAUAUUUGUUCGGCCUCGAUUGAUUAUUUUCAAUGUGACAUUUUGGUGCGCCUAUCUCAGAAAUAAGUUGACAUAUUUAAGCAGUCUAGACUGCUAAGGGAGUAUAAGAACGAGUAUCAAAAUAUAAAUAUAAGACCGAUGUAUCAAAAUAGCGAAUUACAUUCUGCACGG